UGCAAAGGACUAUGGGUGCACGCAGGACUAGAGCGCGGGAGAGCCGGAGAGAUAGGUAGCAAGUCAGCGAGCGGUAACUUAUAAUUAGUUAACUUAGUUGUUCCUGAAAGUAAUAAACUCCGUGGGUUAUGUAUGCGUCACUGAUGAACAACCAUACAUACAUCCAUUAAUACGUACAGGAAAUAAAACUCAUAACAACCUCCCUCCAUCUUGUCUACCCUGCAUCGUAAUUGAUAUCCCGCAGCGAGUACUACCCUCCUGCAGCAACUCCUACAGUUUUCCCAGGGGAGUGUGGCCCCCCUUUUCCACAUUUGUUGGUCCUUCGAGCCGGAUUUCGAGUACUUACUGUGGAGACAAGAUGGAUAGCUCCCAAAGUGAUGAUGACGCUACUCAGAUUAUGCGACCUCGACGUGCUACCCAUCGGCCAUUAUACCUCGAUGAUUAUGAGACACUAUGGCAGCCUUAGAUGAGCGCUUCGGCAAGCCACACCAAUUAGCGCUGAAGAAGAUAGCGACAGUGAUGGACCUACCAGACGUACGCCGUGGUGACACAAGUACAUUUGAGAGGUUUGCCCUCCAGAUCAAUGCUCUUGUGAGUAUGCUCAAAACCCUUGGUCCAGAAGGUGAAGCUGAGCUGAGGUGUGGGUCAAAUGUAGCUCGCCUGCUGACUAAGUUACCCCCAGACAUGCGAGCUAAUUUUCGCCGGCAUGCGUACAAGCCACUAGGAGCUGUACACACUUUAGGCGACCUUGCAGAGUGGCUGCAAUAUGAGUGUCACUGUCAGGGUUAUGACGGGCUGACUAAAGGGACGGUGGUCGAAUCAUCUCGGGACAGGAGAGAUCGACGCAGAGAAGAUAAACCGCCGAGAAGAACAGCCACCAUUUUACAUGGAACUGAAGAGGUCAUGGAUAAAGCCGCAGAGCUGGUGCACACUCGGCCACCCAAACCAAAGAAACCUAGCUCAAGGUCCUACUGCCCAUACUGUGACAGUCCCGAGCAUUUCCUCAGCCAGUGUUCCACAUUCAUGACGUUCACUAAAGAGCAGAAAUUUAACUGGCUGCAGAGCAAUAAACGCUGUUGGCGGUGUGGCAGAACUCACCAGGCAGCUCAGUGUACCCUCAAGAAGCCCUGCAGCAUCUGUCAGAGGACACAUCUACAGAUCCUUCACGAUGUGAACGACAGAACCGCUAGGGAGGGAUCCUGCCUUGUAAGCUCUGCCGGAGACACUCUUUACCUGAAUCGACCUCCAGAAGGGAGUAAAGUCCUACUAAAGGUUAUCAGAGUUAUUCUGAGUAACGGGAACAAGAAACUGGAUACCUUCGCUGUGCUGGAUGAUGGAUCAGAACGCACGAUGUUGCUUCCAGCAGCCGCCCACCAGUUAGGGUUGAAGGGUCAUCCAGAGGACUUAAGCCUACGUACCAUCCGCCAAGACAUCCAAGUCCUGCAUGGGGCAGCAGUUUCAUUCCAGGUUGCUUCCGCUGUGCUACCCCAGAAACGCUUCCAAAUUCAUAACGCCUUUACUGCAGCACAACUUGGCCUAGCUCAACAUUCCUACCCCAUCACCACUCUUCAGGAAAGGUACAGGUACCUGAAAGGUUUGCCACUGCAACCCUUCCACAAGGCAAAUCCACUUUUGCUUAUUGGAGCUGACCAUCCCCAUUUAGUCACUCCUAUAGAGCCAGUGCGUCUUGGGCCAAGAGGAGGGCCAGCAGCAGUCAAGACGAGGCUAGGAUGGACACUGCAAGGCCCAGCUAAAGCCUUAGAUUUGGAGUCCCAUUCGCAAGAAUGUCUCUUCACCAGCUUGAGUUCAGACACAGCUGAGCUGCUUCGUAAUGUGGAGAAGUUAUGGGAAAUGGAUACAUUACCUUAUCGGAAUGAAAAGCUGUUAACCCGUUCUAAGGAAGACCAGGAAGCAGUUUAUCUCCUGGAAUCUAGGACCACCCGUGUUGAGGUUGAUGGCACAUACAGAUAUGCUACCCCACUCUUACGCCGCAAGGGUAUGCCCUUAUUCCAAGCUCCUGCAGAAGCCGUUCUACCACUCCUGAGAACUACAGAAAGGCGUCUUGCUAAGAAUCCUAACCAAGCAGCAGUCUAUCGUGCUGAAAUAACCAAGCUAGUGGAAGCAGGCUACAUAGCAAAGUUACCACCUGAGGCAGUGAGAAGCAAGGAAGAGAGCUGGUACUUACCGCACCACAUGGUACAACACAAUGGAAAGUACAGGGUAGUUUUUAACUGCUCAUUCCUGUACAAGGGCCUGAAUUUAAACAAAGCUCUGUUACCUGGUCCUCAGUUGAGUUCGUCAUUGCUUGGAGUGCUGCUCCGGUUUAGAGAGCAUGCUGUCGCAGUCAGUGGUGACAUCCGCAGCAUGUUUCACCAGAUCCGACUUCUACCAGAAGAUAAGCCAAUCCUUCGUUUCGCAUGGCGAGAUCUAAAAAGCGAGCGAGCUCCUGACAUCUAUGAAUGGCAAGUGCUUCCAUUUGGAACCACAUGCAGUCCAUGCUGUGCUAGUUAUGCGCUGCAAAAGCAUGUUCUGGACCAUAGUGAGCCUGGUGACAGUGUCCGUGUAGCAGUGAUGAAGAGUUUCUACGUAGAUAACUGCAUACAGAGUGUAUCCUCACCAGAAGAAGCCAAGGACCUGGUCGAGCAGCUACGCAUACUCCUCUCAACAGGAGGAUUUGACAUCCGUCAAUGGGCAAGCAAUGUGGCUGCAGCGGUGAGUCAUCUCCCGAAGGAGGCACGCGCAGAAAGCACAGAGCUUUGGUUGUCAUACGAUAAAGUUGACACCCCUGAACCAGCAUUAGGCCUUCAUUGGCACUGCUCUUCAGACACCUUAAGGUAUAAGCAUCGCUUAGUGAAGUACACAGAGCCCACUAUGAGGAAUAUCUACCGGAUAUUAGCUAGUCAGUAUGACCCUCUGGGCUUCCUGAUUCCGUUUACCACUAGGGCUAAGGUGCUAGUACAGCAACUGUGGGCUAAACCCAGACAAUGGGAUGACCCACUCCUCCCAGAAGAUCUCCUGUGUGCAUGGCGGAAAUGGGAGGAAGAACUUAAGCAGAUACCUGAGGUCUCUAUCCCAAGAUGUUACACAUCCCAGAGCCUGAAUCAUCCUGAAGUGAAGAGAAGUCUUCAUAUCUUUUGUGAUGCAUCAGAGCGUGCAUAUGGAUCAGUGGCAUACCUGAGAUCAGAGGAUAACUGUGGCCAUGUAGAAGUAGCUUUCCUUAUGGCCAGAUCCCGGGUUGCACCAAAGAAACAGCAGUCCAUGCCGAGGCUGGAGCUAUGUGCUGCACUCACGGGAGCACAGCUCCUCAGAGUACUGGAGAAUGAGCUCACUCUGCACAUCCAGGAUAAAACCCUGUGGACAGACUCAACAACAGUGCUGAGUUGGUUGCAAUCAGAGUCUUGUCGGUUUAAAGUCUUUGUAGGGACUAGAAUCUCUGAGAUCCUGGAGAUAACAGAUGAUAAGUCCUGGAGGUACGUUGACACAGCUUCGAACCCUGCAGAUGACAUCACGAGGGGUAAGCGACUCUCUGAAUUGACUACAUCCACUAGAUGGAGCAACGGACCACCCUUCCUACUCCAGCAUCCAGAUAAGUGGCCAGUAGCGCCUAUCACAAACCCACCUGAGGUCACUGAAGAGCUGCGGCGGGUCGUCUUCUGUGGAAUUACUGGUGCCACGUCUAAUCCACCUGUACCUAACCCGGAGCAGUUUGAUUCAUGGCAAGGCCUGGUGGAGGCUACAGCCCAGCAUUUAAUUAAGACAGCCUCCCCUGAGCGCUCCCUUACAGCAGAGACUUACAUAGAGGCGGAGCACCUCUUAUACAGUAGAGCUCAACAGGAGAGUUUCCCGGAAGAAUUCCAAUUCUUAAAGGCCGGCAAGCCAGUACCCCCUAGCAGUCGUCUGCUCACCCUUUCUUCAGAGUUUGAUGAGAACCACACAAUCAUCAGAGUAGGUGGUCGAUUACGGAAAGCGCAAGAAUUAGAAGAUACUAUUGUACAUCCUAUAGUGAUGGAUCCUAAGCACCCAGUGACUCGUCUUCUAAUUAAGGACUACGAUCACCGAUUGUGCCACCCUGGUCCAGGACGUGUGUUUGCUGAGAUGCGACGUUCUCUUUGGAUUCUGAGAGGACGUGAAGCAAUUAAACGACACCAACGCACCUGCAUUGGUUGCCAAAGAUGGCGUGCCAAGGCAACACCCCCAAGAAUGGCCGACUUACCCCCUGCACGCCUACGACUGUUCAAGCCAGCUUUCCACUCGACAGGAGUAGACUGUUUUGGGCCGCUUACCGUGAAGCUCGGACGUCGUCAAGAGAAAAGGUGGGGAAUCAUCUACAAGUGCCUCACAACAAGAGCAGUUCACUUAGAUCUCCUACCAAGUAUAGACACAGAUGCCUUCCUCAUGAGUAUGAGGAGGUUUGUGGCUAGAAGGGGUACACCCGCUGAACUGUAUUCAGAUCAGGGGACGAAUUUCCGUGGUGGGGAAAGGGAACUCAAGGAAGCUUUUCAGCUUAUGGGUCCUGAGCUGCGCCACCAAUUAGCUAAGCAGAAGAUCUCAUUUCACUUCAAUCCCCCAGCCUCUCCUCACUUCGGAGGUGCAUGGGAGAGGGAAGUUCGAUCUGUGAAAGUAGCACUCCGUUCCGCUCUGGGCAGCCAAACUGUUACAGAGGAGGUUCUAGCCACUGUCUUGAUAGAAGUGGAGGCCAUUCUGAACGCUAAGCCUUUAGGAUACACCUCCUCCAGUAUUUUAGAUCCUGAUCCAAUCACCCCAAAUCACCUCCUCAUGGGGCGGCCAGAUGGUUCCUUACCACAAGUUGUCUACCCAGCAGCUGAGCUACUGAGUCGGAGGCGGUGGCGCCACAGUCAGGUCCUUGCCGAUCGUUUCUGGACUGCCUUUAUUAAGGAUUACCUACCUACAUUGCAGUACCGGCAGAAGUGGCAUAGCUUGGUACCGACUCUUGCAGUUGGAUCAGUAGUCAUGGUAGUAGAUCACCAACUUCCCAGGGGCGACUGGCCGAUUGGUCAAGUCACUAAGGUAUUCCCGGGCAGCGACGGCCAAGUACGGACUGUAGAGGUGAAGAUCAAGGACAGAGUAUACACGAGACCUGUGGUGAAGUUGAUCGUCCUCCCUGAGCUUCCAUCUGAUGAAGAAUCCCGACCGAGUACCAUCUAGAGCCUUAGUUGUUCUAUUUAUGCAAAUAUGCCUUGCAUAUUUGGGGGCGGCAAUGUUAGAAAGGCUCUUGUGUCUUUAAGAAACGGUGGUGCGUGCAAAGGACUAUGGGUGCACGCAGGACUAGAGCGCGGGAGAGCCGGAGAGAUAGGUAGCAAGUCAGCGAGCGGUAACUUAUAAUUAGUUAACUUAGUUGUUCCUGAAAGUAAUAAACUCCGUGGGUUAUGUAUGCGUCACUGAUGAACGUAAGUAUUGAGUUUAUUGAAUAAGUUGCAAUUAUCGCUGACGAGUGUUUUGUUAUACCUUAGGAAGGUAUUUACGUUGAUUUCCUAUCCAAUCAUUCCCUUUACUUCGAUUAUGUAUUGUGUUGGUGUGUUAUGGUAAUGGCUUUUGUAAGCAUUGUAGUAACUGGUUUUCCGCUUAUCUGUUAUAGAACCAUACAUACAUCCAUUAAUACGUACAGGAAAUAAAACUCAUAACAACCUCCCUC